GAACUACUAAAGAACAUAACUCAAAGCUAUUAUUAUUCUCCUUUGUUCCAAUGGAACACCACCCUAUGUCAUUUAAAUGUCUUAUUUUCAUCUUUCUCGUGUACUACUCAACCUAUCUCACUGCAUUAUCGUUGAAAAUUCCAAGGUUGAGUCCUAUUGCUGAAUUUGAAACAACCUUACGCGACCCUGGAAGCCUGGCUGCAACUUUGGACACACAGAACCUCACAACAUUUUAUUACAAACAGGUUCUUGAUCACUUCAACUAUAGGCCUGAAAGCUACGAAACGUUUCAACAAAGAUAUCUGAUCAAUUUCGAGUACUGGGGUGGUGCCAAUUCUAGUGCCCCAAUAUUUGUCUACUUGGGCGCAGAAUCACCAAUAGAUGAUUCCCCUCAAGGCAUAGGAUUUCUCACUGAUAACGCUGCUUCCUUUAAUGCUCUCUUAGUAUACAUAGAGCACCGUUACUAUGGGAAAUCAGUACCAUUUGGAUCAAGGGAAGAAGCAUUGAAGAAUGCAAGCACUAUUGGGUAUUUCAAUUCAGCUCAAGCAAUAGCAGAUUAUGCAGAUGUCAUCAUACAUGUUAAGAAGACAUUAAAUGCCCAAAAGUCCCCGGUGAUUGUGUUUGGAGGAUCAUAUGGUGGAAUGCUUGCUUCAUGGUUUAGGCUCAAAUAUCCCCACCUAGCCAUCGGUGCUCUGGCCUCAUCAGCUCCAAUCCUCUACUUCGAUAAUAUAACUCCAGAAGAUGGUUACUUCUCUGUUGUUUCAAGGGAUUUUAAAGAAGCUAGUGAAACAUGCUACCAAACUAUAUCGAAAUCCUGGUCCGAAAUUGACAGAGUAGCUUCUCAGCCAAAUGGUCUUUCAAUUCUUAGCCAGAGAUUCAACACUUGCCGUCCCUUAAAUAAGUCUUCAGAGUUGAAAGACUACCUGGUGUUGAUGUAUGCUGGUGCUGCUCAAUACGAUCAACCACCAAGAUAUCCAGUUACUGUGAUUUGUGGUGGAAUUGAUAAUUCUUCUUUUGGAAGUGAUAUCCUAAGUAAGAUAUAUUCAGGUUUGGUAGCAUACAGGGGAAACGACACAUGCAAAGUUAAUGGCCCUCCUAUUGUAUCCGAGACAACCGAGGGUUGGAGAUGGCAGACAUGUAGUGAAAUGGUGAUACCUAUCGGUAUAGUAAACAACAGCAUGUUCCAACCCAACCCUUUUAUCUUAGAGAGCUUUGCCAAGGAAUGCAAGGAACUUUAUGGUGUCUCACCUCGUCCUCAUUGGGUCACUACUUACUAUGGAGGCCAUAAUAUAGAAUUGGUCCUUCAAAAGUUUGGUAGCAACAUCAUUUUCUCUAAUGGACUAAGAGACCCUUACAGUAGUGGCGGGGUUCUCAAGAACAUAUCAGACACUCUUGUUGCCGUCCAUACAGUUAAUGGAUCUCAUUGCCUAGAUAUUUUGCGUGCAUUAGAAACUGAUCCAGUAUGGUUAGUGGAACAACGGAAGAAAGAGGUCGACAUUAUCAAAGGCUGGAUCACCCAGUACUACGUUGCACUCAAUGGGACCUCAAAAUUCUAGGAUGAACACACGAGUUUAGAGUUAUAUAUAUUAACACAUGUCAAAGAAAUAACACAACAUUCCCACCAUUAAUAUACCUUAUUAGUAAUUUCUAUUAGUAACAAUUUCAUAUUGCCAAUGGAAUGGACUGUGUCACACUAUCACUAUACUAAAGCUUGAAUAAGGAUAUGA